UACCAGAGUGAUGGCGUUAGUCUCAGUGUAGAGUGGCCGAGAGAAAGAACCAACUCACUUUGCGCUUAGAUUCAUUUCACAGAGCUGCUGCUCCUUGCCUCUUUCUCUCUCCUCUUUUUAUCUCAUCAUGUUUAGUCGACUCGGGAAUUCCGGCCAGUGCGGGCGCUGGUAAAAAAGUUCCUAUUCCCAAACAAUCGUCCCCCGCAGUCUAUCCCCUUUAUGGGCCUUUUGAUAUCUGAACCCUGUGCAAAUUGGCCGCGUUUGUUUUGUGCCUUUCGCUCGUCAGUGCGCGUUUCUUGACGGUUUUUAGACCUGUACCAACCACAUCCAGUGGCCAGUCGGUUUAACUUUUUCUUCCGGUGGGAGCCAACAACAACUUUUGUGUGCCACAACGUUCACCUGACGUUGAAAUUCGUCUGCUGCUGGAUAUUAUAUCCCCCGUCACACCCGGUUAUUAAAAAAACAAACAAAAAAAACGUGGACCGAUUAGUUUUUUGUUUUUCUUUUAUCAAAUGGAUUACUUCCGCUAUUCGACUCAUCUGGACGGACCGGCUGCUGGCGGCCUCAUCAGCCUCUUAUUAAUAGCCUCGAUCAUCAGUCAGCCGAUGGUCAUAUCAGCACGGUCACAAGUCAAUGUUAUGCCCUACGCCUCCGGACGGGCAGGGCCGUUCGAGACUUGCGUGAAUGUCACCAGCGGAGAAGAGGGUCGGUGCAUGUUUGCCAUGGAUUGUUUCCGCGCUAGAGGCCGUCACGUGGGUAUCUGCACCAAAGGGUUCUAUUUCGGAUCGUGCUGUACCCUGCCGACGUACUCUUCUUCGACCACCGAUCCUCCGCUGAUUAUUCGCCCGCCAUCAGCUGCCUCGUCGUCACCAGCCAAGGAGCCGCUGCCGCUGACAGCCGAUAAUCUCCCCCGGGUGCCGAUAGGCGUUUUGGAGAGCAACGAUAUCGACGGCCCGGAAGCGGGUCGGCCACCUUUCGAUCCGCUGGAUUUGAGCUAUUGGCCCGACCUGCUGGCCGACAUCUACGCCCUCAAGCCACAGCCUAUUACUUUGUCUAAAUUUCCCUACUCAACCUUUCACGCCCCGUCCAUUAGCAGCAGCAGCAGCAGCAGUCACGGUAAUGCCGCCAGCAGCUCGACAGUCUCACCCGUUGUAGUUAGUCCUGGUUCGAUCGGGCCGGCGGCCGUGAACGCCACCACGACGUCCAGCUCCAUUCCGCCGACGACCACUCCGUCCUCCACUGUAAUGACGACUGUAACAACCGCAACGACAACUACAACAACAACGACACUUAAAACUCCUUCUUCUUCUUCUCCUUCUACUACCACUACUUCUGUCCCGACAACAACAACAACAACAACGACUUCCAGCAGCACUUCCAGCUCCGCCGUAACGGAGAUGAGUCCUCUUUCCUCUAGCGGGACAUGGACGACGACGUGGACAGGAAUAGGAUCGACCAAACCCAAUGUCACCGUCAUCUACGCCAACGCCGUGGUGGAGAGCCAAACCCCUGGGGUGGUGCCAAUCCAGGAGAGCUGGCUCGAAGAGGAGGAGGUUGUCGACCAACCGACGACAUCGAUCCCGCCGACAUCAUCCACCAGCACCACCACCACGACCGCUAAGCCGACCGCACUAUCGACGACAAGAACAUCGUCGACGAGUGUUCCGUCGUCGCCCACCACCACGACAACGACAACGCCCACCAGCUCCAGCAGCUUACCUGUGGCUAUUAAGGAUGAGAGAAAUGUCACUUUCACCCUGUUGCCCUCAUUGGCUCCGGCACCCGACCUCCAGCGACUCGCAGGUGCAGUUUGCGGGAAGCCCGUCUACCGGUGGCCGAAAAUCGUUUCGGGAGAAAACGCUCGACUCGGCCAGUGGCCGUGGCAGGUAACGCUGCAAGAGAAGACGAGGCGAGGAUACUUUCACAAGUGCGGAGCGUCUCUAUUGUCCAAGGACUGGGUCAUUACCGCCGCUCAUUGUCUCAGCAAUGUUCAGCCGGAAAGCCUGUUGGUUCGCAUGGGCGGCAUCGAUUUCGCCAGCGUCGAAGACAAGUGGAUCGAAAGUCGGGUCCAGCCCGUCCAGCACCCGCAGUUCAACAUUCACACGCAGGCGAACGAUAUUGCCCUGUUGAAGCUGCUCACUCCGCUCGUUGCAUACCAAUCGAGUACGUUGCCCAUCUGCCUGCCGGACAAGGAUAUGGAAUUCGAUGGCGACCAGUCGUUCGUCUCUGGAUGGGGUAGACUUGGCGAAAAAAGUCCAAUUUCGACACGGUUGCAGUACGUCGGCGUGCCCAUCAUCAACAACACGGAAUGCCAAAAGAUUUAUCAGUCGAUCCACAAGAAAAUUGAUCGCCAAUCCAUCUGCGCCGGCUACCCGGAAGGACUCAAAGACUCGUGUGAAGGUGACAGCGGUGGUCCCAUGAUGGUUUACAAACGCGGCCGUUGGGUGCUGGCCGGUAUCAUUUCCUGGGGAGUCGGGUGCGCCCGUCCCAACCAGCCUGGAGUAUCCACUCGAGUCACGGAGUUUCUCGACUGGAUCCAAUCGACGCUGGAUGGCGAUUCGUUACCUGCAACAUGAACAACCUUUUUUUAAUUAUUUUAACCGGAAGAAAAUAGGAGAAGAUAAUCAAAAAAAAAAAAAUAAUAAUAAAUAAAUAAGACAAUUACUACGAGGAAAAAAGAAGAGCCAAAAAUCGGUUGACCGAAGAAUUCUAUGGAUGAUUCUUCACAUUAUUUCUUAAUUCGUUUUGUUUUAUUAUUUUUUUUUUGAAUUUUUUUGCGUCAAUUUUGAUUACCUACUACGUCCUGGUUUUCAGGAAGACUUUAAGUUUUUCGCUUAUAUUUUUUUGUUUUUUGGUCAAAAUGGGGAUGGUGAACGCUGGGGUCCGUUAUUUAAUGUGACAUGACAUUUUGAAAGUUAUGACGUAAAUACGGUACACCUCGUUGUGUGCGCAAGUCGGUGGGUCUUGUCUAUUGUGCGUGAGUGUGUUUGCGACUGUAUAUAAUCAAAUAUUAUAAUCGUUGGGCUAAGCGCGAGAUCAAACGGAAUUGUUACGGACGUCGUGCGAAUAACGAGACGGAAAAAAAUAUACGGAGACAGAAAACUGCCAUCAGGCAGUGGCUAUUUUUCAUUUAAAAAAAGGAAAAUCUGCGUUCGAGCAUUAUUUUUUUAAUCAUUUCUAACAGAUCUUCAGUUAUUUCUCCCGCUGGAUGCCGCUCUAUUAAAGAUAAUCUCUUCACGCUCAACGACUUUGUCCGCCUCUUCUACAUCGGGCGAGCUAAAUACAAACGCGCGAGAUAAGUAUCGCAGGAUUUUUAUCUUCUAGAUUAUACCGUUUUAAUUGCUACUUGAAAACAAUGAAGGUUAUUAAGUGUUGACCCGAAUCAAGUGAUUGCUGGGCUUUAUAUUGUUAAAUAAUGAAGAUUGUCCCUGAUUAAAACGUUGUACGUGAUUAACGGGCUAUUUUGAUUUCAAAUAGGUUUCUUCAGAAUAGCUAUUCCUAUUCCAGCCAAUGUGAGCAACAGUUGUUAAUUGGUGGGUCAAACGAGAUUGCCCGUGUAUACCUAUGCAACAGCUAUCUGCAAUUAGCGCCCGAGGUAACAAUCACCAUCAGCUCUACAUCAGAAACAAAAAAUGAAGUGAUCUAGUAGAUGUAGUAUAAAGUUGUUAGUUUUCUUUUUUCUUUGUUCCGAUUCCGGACGUUGAUUUACAGGUCUAAAUCCAGCAACAAACCCGUUAUUCUUUGAAACAGUAUCAAUUCUAAAGUAUCACGUGACAUGAAAAUCUCGUGAAUCUUUCUAGGCUAUUAUGUCAUGCAGUGACAAACAACCCCAUUCUCACCACUUCGUUAACUUUUCGAAUUUACUAUUUGUUUGGUUGGAUACUUUUUCUUUUGGUACGGAGAUGAAGUAAGUGGCCGUAAGUUUACAAAGGCGGUCUACACACUUUUCAGUUUGAAUGGAUAAAGGUAAGCCAACCGAUCCGGGUAGCCAAUUCACAAAGAAAGUCGCGGCGUGAAAUUGAACUGGACAUACAUUUGAGCACACGAGUUACGCAAUUCCAGUUAAUCAGAAUGGAAAACAAACUGGUACAGGAAUGCACUUAGAGGGAUCCACUAGCCUACUUUGAAGGAAAUUAAAUUUAGUUUGAUUUGAUAAACUAAAAAAUUUAAUUAAUUUUCACCCCCUCCCCCCUUACAUAAAAACACAAAGUUCCCCGUCAUUAAACGACUCCCCUCAAACAAAUUGAACACCAAAACUCAUCCUCCUUUUUUUGUGGGGGGAGGGCACCUUUUUUCUAAAAGAUUACCUAACCUCUCCCCCCCCCCCCCCGAAAUCAUUACCUGUUUUCUAAGCGUUCGUCUUUUUAUCAUUUGUUCACAAAGAACAGUUGCAAUUGUUAGUGUGCCUGGUGGAAUAUUGUUUUUUUUUUUUUUUUUUUUUUGUAGAAAAAUUCUUUAAAUACUUUAAGUUUUAUUAUCCAUAUCCAAUCUAACGUACCCUCUCUCCCCAUUUGGUGCCUCAUACAUUCUUUAUAUUUUUUCUUGUUUUUUUUUUCAAAUGUAAUCAUGUUUAAACUA